AUGGCCUCGGACGACUUCGACAUUGUGAUUGAGGCCAUGCUGGAGGCCCCGUACAAGAAAGAGGAGGAGGAAAAAGAAGAAAAAGAAGUCAAGAAAGACAGCACCUCCAGCAGUAGCGGAGAAAGCAGCAGCAAAAAGAAGAGGAGCCAGAGCAGGAGCCACGACCACAGACACAGCCGCAGUCGGGACCGAGACCGCCAUCGCAGGCGCAGCCGUAGUCGGGACCGCUGGCACCGGAGCAGAAGCCGCCAUCGGAGCCGGAGCCGAGAUCGUAGGUGGGGCAGCCGUUCCGGCAGCAGAGAGCGCCGGAGGGAUGAGAGAGUGCGCUACCGUAGCCCCCCACCUCCUGGGUGGCGGUCCGGACAUAGCAAGAGUCCCUUAUACAGAGAGAAGAGUCCCCUCCGGGAGCCUUUGGGCAGCCUGAGCCCAGAGGAGCGUGAUGCCCGUACUGUCUUCUGUAUGCAGCUGGCUGCCCGCAUCCGCCCCCGUGACCUUGUGACAGGCUAA